AUGGAACAUUCACAAAAUUUAGACGAGGAAACUCAAAUAGCAAAUGUUGAAUUGAGACAGCGUUUUCUUCGUUUUCUUAAAUGGUUGCCUAAUAAAAAUGUUGAAGCAAAAAUGUUUGGGGCUAAUUUAAAUGGAAUUUUAACUGCUGUUGAUGCUUCUAAUUUUGAGUUAAAUUUAAAUUUCUUUAGGAUUUUCUUAUCAAAAAAAUUUUUUUCUAGUCAUUUUCUACUUAAUAAAUUACACACUCCAACUGGUUUAGUUGAACAUGCAGCUUUACGAACUCGGGAUACAAUUUAUUUAAAAAUUGAUUUGCCAAACAAUAAAAAGAAUAAUUUGGAUGAUGUUAAAAUGGAAGUUGUGCAACCUCAAAAGAAUGAAAAUAAAGAAGUUAAUUGUCAAGUGGAAAAUAAGAUUACUCCAAAAGAAACUUCUAUUAAGCCAGAAGCUAAAAAUUCUGAAGAAAAUAAUGCUGAAGAGAUUACUGAAAUGGAGGUUACUACUUCAACGAGUGAAUUUUCUACUCCAUUAGGUAGCACAAAAAGUGAGGGGCAGAAGAAAAAACAGAUGAGUGUGGCUGAAAGGAUGACACGUUCUACGGCAUAUUAUCUUGAACGAAUUAAAAAUUAA